CUGUGCGAAGAGGCAUUCCGACGCCAUCCAUGGACAACGGUGGUGAGCAGUGAGUAAGGCCACUGAGGCCAAGCGUGUAGUUCUCCGGACGCUCUCCUUGUUCGAUCGCAGCUUCGUUCAAAAAUUAAAAUCGGCUCUAUGAAAACGCGUCUCAUGAUUUUCAAAGUGACAACAGAGAUAGGCUUUAGUGUGAGCACAACAGUACGCUACAACGUAUGAGGGGACUGUUAGGACUAGGACCCGGAGUGACGUGACGGUGAAAACUCUGGUCUCACAUUAUGUGCUUAAUAGAUUGAGCAGUGCAGUGACCCACCUCUCAAUUAUUCCCCUAGUGAUUAUUAUUGCUAGGAACACGCCCCCUUUGUGAGACGAGAGUCUCAAUCACGGCAGCAAAAUUGAUCCGGACUUGCAUCGAGCCGCCGGCCACUUUAUGAGAGCCGGCGGCAACAUGUGUGACGGCUCCUUCACAGAAACCUUGCGUAGUAUGCAAGGGAUGACGGGUACGUCGCCACCGGGUAGUGUCGGUCACAUGGGGGUCGGCCUUAUGGGGGGGAGUAGUCCGCUCGGCUCAGCAGGCAAGAAGGUCCCGGUGGAGCACAUUAAACGGCCAAUGAACGCCUUCAUGGUUUGGUCGCGACUACAGCGACGGAAGAUUGCACAAGAGAAUCCCAAAAUGCACAACAGCGAAAUUUCCAAGCGGCUAGGUGCAGAAUGGAAGCUCCUUACGGAGGAUGAGAAACGCCCGUUCAUCGAUCAAGCGAAGAGGUUACGUGCACAACACAUGAAGGAACAUCCUGAUUAUAAGUACAGACCGCGAAGGAAACCCAAAACUUUGCGAAAAGAAGGCUAUCCUUAUAGUAUUCCGUACCCAAGUGUUCCCAUGGACGUUUUUUCUACAGGAAUGGCCGGUAGCAUGGGACAAGCUGCAAUGGGUUCCUAUUACACCCCCGCCGCGGCUUACGGCUCACUCUCGGCGGCUAGCAUGGCUGCAGCCGCAGCAGCGGCUGCACAACAAUCGGCUGCAUCUGGUCUCAUGUCUAGUCUCGGGUCAACUCCUCCGAUACCGGUGGACUCGAUGACCAUGAAAUAUUCUAUGGAGUCUGACAAAUAUCGCGCAGCCUAUAUGCCGCCCAGCACUCUGGCAAUGAGCAUGUAUCCAGAUCCUAAGUACUUGGAUUCUUCUAAUCCCAAAACUUAUUUGGACCGUACUUACUUAGAUGCGAAGGCAUACUUCGAGCAGUCGAAGUUGUACAUGGAUCAGAAACCCACUAUUGCAGAAUACAAUCGGCCGAACUACGAGCCCAACAAGCUCUACGAAGAAUCCAGCCCAAGUAGUGUCAUUGGCGGAAAUGGACCCGCAAGAUCACCGCCCGCAGAAUCGCCAGACACAAGCAAGCAACACGAAAGAACAGAACAAGGCUCAUCCAGUGCGAGUUCGACAUCAACAUCAUCGGCCGCGAGUCCCGGUGCUUUGCCAUAUCCGUAUCCCGCAUCAGUCCAAGCUAGCGGCCUGCUGACUCCGCAGAUGGCUCAAUAUGGUGGAUACCAAAUGGCACCGGCAUCGGGAAAUGAAUCUUUUCGGCGACCGUUGGUCAUUUUGUGACCCGAUAGAGCGUAGCUCUGAUCUAUCUUCGAGGAGCAGUUGCUAUGAUGGCUACCGCAGACUCGACGGAACGAAAUGACGAAAACGUAGACUUUUCCGGAUCAUCAGUCAUGGUUCCGAUGAUCAGAAAAAUGGAUGAUUCCUAGACAUUUUAAAAAAGGAUAAUUUCUACAUGUCUCUCUUGAUUGUGGUGAUUGUGAAUUUAACGAGGCAAAAAUAUUAAUAUCAUAUGUAUAUAUGAUCAAAUCAUCGAGGAAAAAGAUUUUUUAAAUCAAAAAGUAAAAAUUUUCCAACAACUCUAUUUCCUCAUUAGAAGGAAAUGACUA